GAGCCGAGGGGCGGCGCGGAGGCUGGCGGCCGGGCUCAGCCCGCUUCUGUCGCCGCACGGGCAGCUGCGGCUCGGGGACAGACUGACAGAGCUAGGGCCGGAGCCGCUCGGGGCCCGGCUAGGGAGAGCGGGCCCCACCAUGAGGCCCCAGCCCCGCAGGAGCCCCCGCGCCACCCCGGCACCCGGCGCCCCGCGCUAGCACCACCCCCUCCCCCGCCAGGGUGUGGGGAGGCGCCAAGGCCAUGGCCAGCCACGUGGACCUGCUGACCGAGCUGCAGCUGCUGGAGAAGGUGCCCACGCUGGAGCGGCUGCGCGCCGCCCAGAAGCGCCGGGCGCAGCAGCUGAAGAAGUGGGCGCAGUACGAGCAGGACCUGCAGCACCGGAAGCGCAAGCACGAGCGGAAGCGCAGCACGGGCGGCCGCCGGAAGAAGGUGUCCUUCGAGGCCAGCGUGGCCCUGCUGGAGGCCUCCCUGAGGAACGAUGCCGAGGAAGUACGCUACUUCCUGAAGAAUAAGGUCAGCCCUGAUUUGUGCAAUGAGGAUGGACUCACAGCCCUGCACCAGUGCUGCAUCGACAACUUUGAGGAGAUUGUUAAGCUGCUCCUUUCCCAUGGUGCCAACGUGAAUGCCAAGGACAACGAGCUAUGGACGCCCCUGCAUGCGGCGGCCACCUGUGGCCACAUCAACCUGGUGAAAAUCCUCGUUCAGUAUGGGGCCGACUUACUCGCAGUCAACUCGGAUGGGAACAUGCCGUAUGACCUCUGCGAGGACGAGCCCACCCUGGAUGUCAUUGAGACGUGCAUGGCAUACCAGGGCAUCACCCAAGAGAAGAUCAACGAGAUGCGGGCGGCCCCCGAGCAGCAGAUGAUCGCAGACAUCCACUGUAUGAUCGCAGCGGGCCAGGACCUCGACUGGAUAGAUGCCCAGGGUGCCACGCUGCUGCACAUCGCUGGAGCCAACGGAUACCUGCGGGCAGCCGAGCUCCUCCUGGACCACGGAGUGCGUGUGGACGUGAAGGACUGGGAUGGCUGGGAGCCCCUGCACGCGGCUGCCUUCUGGGGACAGAUGCAGAUGGCAGAGCUGUUGGUGUCCCAUGGGGCUAGUCUCAGUGCUAGGACAUCCAUGGAUGAAAUGCCAAUAGACCUGUGUGAGGAGGAGGAGUUCAAAGUCCUGCUGUUGGAGCUAAAACACAAGCAUGACGUCAUCAUGAAGUCACAGCUGAGACACAAGUCAUCCUUGAGCCGGAGAACGUCCAGCGCAGGGAGCCGUGGGAAGGUGGUGCGUCGAGCCAGCCUGUCGGACAGGACCAACCUGUACAGGAAGGAGUAUGAGGGAGAGGCCAUACUGUGGCAGCAGCGGAGUGCGGCAGAGGACCAACGGACUGCCACCUACAACGGGGACAUCAGGGAGACCAGGACAGACCAAGAGAACAAGGACCCAAACCCCCGGCUGGAGAAACCCGUGCUGCUCUCUGAGUUCUCUACCAAGAUCCCACGAAGUGAAAUGGAUGGGCCUGUUGAGAACGGCCUCCGAGCUCCGGUCAGCACCUACCAGUAUGCGCUAUCCAACGGGGACAUCUGGAAAGUGCACGAGGUGCCUGACUACAACAUGGCCUAUGGCAGCCCCGGUGUGGCCGACGCCACCCCUCCCUGGAGUGGCUACAAGGAACAGAGCCCCCAGACGCUUCUGGAGCUGAAGCGACAGCGGGCUGCCGCCAAGCUGCUCAGCCACCCUUUCCUGAGCACCCACCUGGGCAGCAGCAUGGCCAGGACGGGCGAGAGCAGCAGCGAAGGCAAGGCCCCCUUGAUCGGAGGCAGAACUUCCCCGUACAGCAGCAAUGGUGCCUCGGUCUAUUACACCGUCACCAGCGGAGAUCCCCCGCUCUUGAAGUUCAAGGCUCCCAUGGAGGAGAUGGAGGAAAAGGUCCACGGCUGCUGCCGCAUCUCCUAGUCUCUGUAUGAUGGAGGAGAGAGAUGCUUCGGGGAAGGGUCUCUGGGAUCCAGGAUCCCCCCCCACCCCCCAGCAGCCUUGGCUGGGGAGACAUCAGAGGGCAGCUUGCGGGGAGGUGGGCUCUGCUUUCCAGGGGAACGCUGACCCCACCUCACCCAGCGGCCAUAGCAUCGCCACGUCCCACGGUUCUGCUUCCUGCUGCAUUGUCUGCCAUCAGAAACAAGGCCCAUUGUGGCUUCCUAACUCUCCCCGCUGUCAUAUUUGGGAGGGGGGGCUGGGAUUCUGGCUCUUUUGUUGGUAAAGGCUUCUCUGGACCAGUACCCACAUAUCAAAUAUCGGUGUGCAUGUGCUCGCGCACACGUGCACACACACACACAUACAUACACACUCAACCAUGUGUAGGAAUCACACACCUGGGCUCAUGGGAAGCAGGUCGGACUGACAAUUUGUGGGCUCUUCCCAAAAGGAUUGAGGCUAAGACUCUGUUAUGUCACCACUGCCAACAUGGCUUUAGCUGGGAACGGGGCCUGGUAAGCUGAGACCCACAGUCCUACCACAGUCAUACUGGGGCUUGGGCCACCGUCCACAUCUGGAAGGAGCAGGAGGUCCACUCUUUGAUCAGAGGGAGCUAUGAGCCGACAUGGGUCCAUGAGAUGGGCAGUGGCCUGCUCCCCAGAGCCUUGCCCAUGCCAAGAGCCAGCAGUGUGACCACCCGGAGGCUGAGGUGGAGAGCCAGGCUCUUCCUUUCCUAGAAUAAUCCAAGUCACAUUUUACUUCUAGAUGGAAGUAUCAAAAAUUAGAGGGAAGGGGGAACAAAUUUAGUGUGUCCAAAAGUGCACUUGAUAAAAGAAUUCUCUUAGGCUGCAGGACUCCAGGUGGAAGAUAACUGAACUUGCUUUCCUGCUUUCUUUCCUGGGUAGCAUCAUGAUCACUAGGCUUUCCUGACCGGUGUUGGAAACAUGUAGCUUGUGUUGGAAGGGCUUUCGAGGGCGAAGAGUGAGUUGGUGUUAAUUUCUGUGAGCAUCUCUAGUGGCCGUGACCAAGCCCGGUGCCUUGGGCCAUCUUUGUGAAUAUUCAGGUGGCUUCAGUCCAGCCUCUGUCAGCUAGACUUCCCCAGCCUGAGCCAUCAGAGUGAGCAGUGGGGGACAGCUGGAAUCCCCCAACUCCUCCCAGAGUCAGUGCUCAGGACCCCCAGCCCAGCUUUGCCUUUUCUGGAAUGCUUGGUAAGACAAGUCUGCCAGGUGGCCCUUAUGAGAUCCUGCCGGGCCCAGGGGCUCCCAGCCUGUCAUGGGAGUGAUGACACCCCACGGCUGCAAAUCCAGGGUGCCCAUGGCCAACACCCUGCACUGCAUUCAGGAGAGCGGUGGUAGGGCUGGAGUUGGACCUUCCCAUGGCCCAACAGCUUCACAGCCACGAUCUCCCUAGCACUGGGGAGGGCAGGCUACCCACCGCCUCUCUCCUGCAUCUUCUCAAGAGCCCCCUUGAAACUGCUGUCUACAGGCCCAGCCAGAACCUACUGGUGUACUUAAUAAGCAGCAGGUUUGUCCCCUG